CCGGGUCCUCCCCCGGGCAGCAGCAGCGGAAGUGACGUCCCCCGGUGUUUCUCUGACGUGUCCCCGGCUGUGCUCGGCGUCGCUGUGACGGGCGGACAAAAUGUUGGAUUUCUUCACGAUCUUCAGUAAAGGCGGCAUCGUGCUCUGGUGCUUCCAGGGGGUGCAGGGCUCCUUCUCCGGACCGGUCAAUGCGCUCAUCCGCUCCGUCAUUCUGCAGGAGAGAGGCGGGAACAACUGCUACAACCAUGACUCCCUCACCCUCAAGUACAAGCUGGACAAUCAGUUUGAGCUGGUGUUUGUGGUGGGAUACCAGAAGAUUUUAACGCUGACAUAUGUGGACAAGUUAAUAGACGAUGUCCAUCGAGAGUUCCGGGAUAAGUAUCGCAAUCAGAUACAACAGAAUGGCGCGCUCGGGCUACUAAAUGGCUCCUUUGAUUUUAAAGAUGAUUUUUCCUUUCUUCUCAGGACAGCAGAGGAGAGCGGCAAAUCUCGAUCCCCUGCCGCCAUGAAGACAUUUAAACAGUCUGAGAAGUCCAGGAAGACCGUGAAGUCCAUGAUAGAGAAGCCUGGGGACAAGGCCAAGGAAAACAACAAGAAGAACAAGGCCUCAAAAAAAGAGAACACUGCACCAGAAGUGAUCACAGCUUCAAAUAAAGGAACGAAAGCGAAUGCGCCGGCCUCCGCUGUGGAGGAGCUCACCUCCGAGGAGGCCGUACAGCGGAAACGGGAGGAGUUCUUUAAGAAGAGAAUGAAGACUGGAGAUAAAGCCAGCAAAUCCCCAAAGCCGGAGGCUCCGAAAGACAAAGGAAAGCAGCCCCGCAUUUGGGGGGGCAAAACCUCCAACACCAAAGAGCUAGACUACAGCAAACCUACAACCAAUGGCAGCACAGAGGAGCCGGCGGUACCCGACGACGACCUUGAAGCGCUGAGGUCCCGAAGCGGUCUGAUGUCUGGAAACCCCCCUGACGUGGAGUAUGAGAGUAGCAGCGAGGAGGAGGAGGAGGAAGAAGACCUUCCUUAUGUUAAUACCAAAGCUGCAGCGGCACCAGCCAAGGCCAGUGCUAAGAAGAGCAGCUUCGGAGGUAUGUUUGGGAUGUUGAAGGGCCUGGUGGGGGCAAAGAGUCUAACCUUGGAAGACAUGGAACCUGUUCUAGAGAAGAUGAAGGAUCACCUGAUAGCAAAGAAUGUGGCAGCUGACAUCGCCUUGCAGCUCUGUGAUUCCGUGGCCAAGAGACUGGAAGGAAAAGUCAUGGGAACGUUCUCCACUGUGACCUCUGCGGUGAAGCAAGCUUUGCAGGAGUCCCUUGUGCAGAUCUUGCAGCCGAAGCGCAGGGUUGAUGUCUUGCGUGAUGUCAUGGAGUCACAGCGAAUGCGUCGCCCAUAUGUCAUCACUUUCUGUGGAGUUAAUGGAGUGGGGAAGUCCACCAACCUGGCCAAAAUCUCUUUCUGGCUGAUAGAGAAUAAUUAUAGCGUUCUCAUAGCGGCUUGUGACACAUUCCGAGCCGGGGCGGUGGAGCAACUGCGCACUCACACAAGACGCCUUAAUUCCUUGCACCCUCCUGAGAAGCACAGUGGGCGGAGCAUGGUGCAGCUCUACGAGAAGGGGUACGGCAAGGAUGCGGCUGGCAUUGCCAUGGAAGCCAUAUCUUACGCUCGGAACCAGAGCUUUGAUGUGGUGCUGGUGGACACGGCUGGCCGCAUGCAGGACAAUGCACCUCUGAUGACCGCGCUGGCUAAACUCAUCGCUGUCAAUAUGCCCGACCUUGUCCUCUUCGUCGGAGAAGCCUUAGUUGGGAACGAGGCGGUGGACCAGCUGGUGAAGUUUAACAAGGCGCUGGCUGACCACUCUAUGAGCGAGAAACCGCGUCUGAUUGAUGGGAUUGUGCUCACCAAGUUUGAUACCAUCGAUGAUAAGGUGGGUGCCGCAAUCUCCAUGACGUACAUCACCGGGCAGCCCAUUGUGUUUGUGGGCACGGGGCAGACUUACUGCGACCUGCGCAGCCUCAACGUCAAGGCUGUUGUGGCCGCACUCAUGAAGGCCUGAGAAACCUCUCCUGCUGCGUUCAGCACUGCCCACGUCUAUCAUCCUCCAUACCGGAAUCCUUGGCAUUACCCAGCAACACUAUCCUUCUGCCUGAAUCAAGGGCCUCUACUGCCCACACAACGCAUCGUGCUCCUGCCGCUACCAAGUGUUAACUAGUCCAUUCAGUACUUUCCCACUCGGAUAUCUCAAUGGUGCCCGUGAACCCUGCUGUAACGUCCUGCUCCUGUGUUGGCUAUGUCACUUAUUGGAGGAACAUCAUUUGUCCAGGCUCGUUUUAUUGCUAGCGUGAAGCUACUCGUCCUGGGGAUGUGUAAAGGGCCCCAUACGCUAGAACGAUUAUGCCCGAUUUCAGCCCAUUUCGGGUAUGUGGCCUGAUAUAUUGGAUGAAAUCGGGAAUUUUGGCUGUGGAUCCAAUCUGAUCUGAUGCGUGGCCCCGUGAGUAUCGGAUGUUGCACAUUCAGUCUGGUUCGACCGUGCAGGCGUGGCUGGGAUUGGCCAAGAUACAUCGUAUACAAAAGGACAGCAUACGAUGUAUCUUGGAUGAUCCUGUCGCCCUGGAGGAUCCACUGCGACAUGUCAGAUGGGCGUGUUGCAGUAGUGUAUGGGGCCCUUUACUUCCCAGGAUCAAUCCAUUAUUUUUUUUUUUCUUUUUAAACAGAACCAAACAUUUGCCCUGGUACCCGGCUGCCAAUAUUACCCAGUUCCUGGCACCAUGAGUCGUUUCAAGCGUGUUUGCAGUCAGAGGAAAUUGGCUUGUCCCAUUGGCUUCGUUUGCCCCCCUUUUACCCCAUUGAAAUGACAAAUUGCUUCAGAGGAUGUGGUCUAGAACAUUAGUAAAGGUAGUAUCUGGACUGCGCCUGUGUAACCACCAAGUGGGACGCUCGUAAUUUUAACAGUGCAAAGAAGACGGUUAAAAAAAUGUCAGUUUUGAUCUCAUAAUUCAUUUGAACUUUUAACAACUGUUAUAUAGAAACACACAGGAAAUAGAACUGCCGUGUAUAUAAACAGAGGGAUAAAACGAUGCCUUUACAUCUACUUCAAUCCACUUCAGAGUUCAAUUUUAUUUAACACUGCAGAAUGUCUACUGAAAUGUAUACUCCUUCAGCCCUCCCCUGAGAAUGAGCUGGUCCCAGCUAGAAAAGCCCCAGGAAUCUGCUGUUGUGUAUAAAUGUAGUUUCCAGGCGACGGGUUCUGCACCAGGAACGGCCAGAAGGUGGCGCUGACCAUAUAUUAAUAUUUGUAUUGCUGCUAAAAAAAAAAUGAUCCGCUGACAGGUGCAGGCAGUCCUUGCCUCAGUAAGUUCCCUAGUGAAGGCUGGAUAUGGGCUGGCCCACCUUUAUUCAGUAUAUUACUGGCUGCAAAUGCUUGUCUGUCUAUGUAGGAAUUCUGUCCUGUGUCUCAGCAGCCCCGAGGUAUUGUGCAGGGGAAGUGUGGCUUAUUACAAUGUUUCUUCUCGUACCUCAUUGAGUGGUGCCAUGCUAUGCUGAUGUGCAAUAUAUGGAUCACAGUCCAUUCAAGAGCGUAAAUCCUUAUUUAUAAGAGAAUACAUUUCUUAAAUAA